GUCCUCUUUGAGGAUGACAGAUCUUUGACUGAAUGAGUUCCCAACUGUCACUCUGCUGGGUAACAUUUUUGUCCUUGUUUUCCUCUGAAGAUGUGGAAGGAUGAAUUCAUUUCUUGGGAUUCUGACCAGUUCUGUGGUAUCAGUCGUCUUAUUCUUCCGACUAAACAUCUGUGGAAGCCAGACCUAACUAUUGAAGAGAUGACAGAGAAGGACAAAGCCUCUCAGAGUCCUUAUCUCAGUGUCGACAGCGACGGUACAAUCUUACUUAGAAAUGACAUGAUGGUGUCCAGCACCUGCAAGAUGCGGGUUUACAAAUUCCCCUUCGACAUUCAGAGCUGCCACCUCUCCUUUAAGUCUAUCAUUCACGAUGCUGAACAAAUGAACUUUGUUCAAAUGUCUAACUCUGCAAGCAACACAGAGUGGUCUCGUGCAAUGAUGCGGUCUCAGUCUGAGUGGCGCUUUAUCAACAUGGAAAUCUUCAGCAAAACUGCCAAUAACUUUGGAAUUGACCAAAACGAGUUGGUUUGCCAGAUCAACAUGAAGAGACGUCCUAUCCUCUACGUUGUCAACUUUAUGCUACCCAUCAUGUUGUUCUUUGGUUUGGACUUGGCCUCCUUCCUGAUCUCAGACAACGGAGGCGAGAAGCUCAGCUUCAAAGUCACCGUGAUGCUGGCCGUCACCGUGAUGCAGCUUAUCCUGAAUGAAAUCCUGCCCUCCUCAUCAGACAGGAUUCCUCUGAUAGCGGUCUACUGCAUUGGGAUCUUUGGUUUGAUGAUGCUCAGCCUCCUGGAGACGAUUCUGGUGAUGUAUCUGAUCGAGAGAGACAACGAGUCAACGAGCCUGUUUGAGGACUGUAAGGGGAAAUGCAGCAAAGUCAGUUUCCAGAAUUGUUUUAGAGAUGUUAAAACAUGUGUUCCCGGUGCCUGUGUGCGUGAUGUGCCCCAUGGUGAAACAUCUUCUGAAUUGCUGGCAGCGACCAAAGAGGGGAGCAGCAGCCAACAGAUGGAGGAAUCCCAUGACUUUGAAAAGGUCUCAGACGAGUUGAGGGAGGUGGUGAAAACUCUGACUCUGCUGCUCAGCAGCAAGACGGAGGAAGGAAAGCCUGGAUACUGGACCAGAAUUACGAAAACAAUCGACAGAGUCUUCUUGGUUUUCUAUGUCAUAGCUGCCACUUUGUUUUUAAUCUACAUGUAUUCCUGUUGGACUGAAGAAGGAAACUAACUGUGCUAAAUACUGUAGGGUUGAGUUCUAGUUCCCAGACUAUGUCAUCACAAAGUCACUUGAUUCUGCAGGUAAUGUGUCAUGUGACACCAUCUGGUACGCUGUGGUAAUUUCAAAGUGUAUGCCACCGUCCCUAACCACACGGCUCACAGAUACCUACUCCUACUCCUAACAAUCUUUUUCACAUCUUCUCCUGCUACUUUGGCAAAGCUAAUAAGGAAAGGUGCACUUGACUGCUCAGGUGGUAUUUAAUCCUAUACAC